AUGUAUACCCAAGAUAGUCCCAGAACUUUCAGUCGGACAACACUCCUCUUGGCCAGUCUGCUCGUGCUAACCACCAGCAUACGGGCCGAAGAAGAAAAGCAAUCCGCCGGAGCUGAAGCUGAACAAAAACAGGUCGAUGCAAAGGAGGCCCAAGAUACGCCCAAACCAAAACGUGGCCUCCAUCAUCAUGAAACCUAUCAUCAUCAUGUUCAUCAUUAUCCCGUACAUAAGGAAAAGACUUUAACAAUUAUCAAGAAAAUCCCCUAUCCCGUCAAGGUGGAAAAGGAGGUGCAUGUACCCGUCGAAAAGGUGGUACAUGUCCCAUAUGAGGUGAAAGUGCCCAAACCCUAUCCGGUGAUAAAGCACGUACCCUAUGAGGUAAAGGAAAUUGUUAAAGUACCCCAUGAAGUGCCAGCUCCAUAUCCUGUGGAAAAGAAAGUCCCUGUACCAGUACAUGUGCCCUAUGAUCGUCCAGUCCCAGUUAAGGUUUACGUACCAGCACCCUACCCCGUCGAGAAAAAGGUCCAUGUUCCUGUCAAGGUUCAUGUUCCCGCACCAUAUCCAGUUGAAAAGAACGUACCCUAUCCCGUCAAAGUCCAUGUACCAGUGGAGAAACCAUAUCCCGUGGAAAAGGUUGUCCACUAUCCCGUCAAGGUCCCCGUGGAGAAACCCGUACCAUAUAAGGUUGAAAAACCGGUACCCUAUGAAGUUGAGAAGCCAGUGCCUGUCCAUGUCAUCAAGAAGGUACCAGUUGCCGUACAUGUACCCUAUGACAGACCCGUGCCAGUACAUGUUGAAAAACCCGUACCCUAUGAGGUCAAGGAACAUGUACCCCAACCCUACCCCGUUGUCAAGGAAGUCCCAGUGAAGGUGGAAAAAGAUGUGCCCUAUCCCGUCCAUGUACCCUACGAAAAGCCUGUUCCUGUCCAUCUGGAGAAACACAUUCCCGAAUACCAUGAGAAACACAUCUCCUACAAAGAACCCGAAUUCCAUUACAAGAAAAUCGAACAUCACGAACCCGAACACAAAAUCGAAGAGGAGAAGGAAGAGGGCCACAAGGAAGUCGAGGAGAUCAAGGAAAUCCAUGAAGAACCCGAGGUGGAUCAUGAGAAAUAUAGUCAUCAUGAUUAUAGUCAUCAUCAAUAUUAUGGACAUCAUCAAUAAGACAAUUGAGUACUAAUGAGCAAUUUUUUUCUCUCUCUCU